UCUUCGUUCAAAUAAUCAACAAUCGGUGUUCAAACACCACUAAAAAUAUAUUUUAAAAUGACUAAAUAUCUCCACCUUGCGACCGCGGUGGUCCUCCUCCUCCUGACGGCGAGCCAAAGCGGCCUAGCAAUGGCUCGACGGGUUAGGCGAGGCGGGGGCGAUCCAUGCUCCGUGUCAGAUUUCAAGGUGCUGUGCAGAUCAGUGGUGAAGGGACAAAAGAACGUUAACGCAGCGACGGAAGUGUCCAUAAGAGAGCUGAUGAAAAGAACGAUCAAGGCCAAAGAAGCUGCUAGGAGUGGCCGGAAAAGCGGCGGAGGACUCAAGACUUGCUACUCAAACUAUGACAGUGCGCUCGACAAUCUACAAAAGGCGUUAAAGAACAUCAAACAGAAUGAUGGGUUUAGUCUUAACAUCAAUCUUAGUGCCUCUUUGACGGACUUUGAUACGUGCAAUGACGCCAUGGGUGGUAGUAAGGCUUCGAAUGUCUUCGCCAAAUCCACAAGCACGUUGCACGAAAUGGCUGAUAAUUGCUUGGCUCUCUCUACUCUCGUCAAACAAUAAUGAUAAAUCCAAAAGUGAAUAUUUUAAUUUAAGAAAGAAAAAAAAUGGUUGAGUAGAUUUCCUCUUUCUAACUCUUGUGUACAGUUUCGGAAUGUUAUGAACAUUGUGUGAUUAAGAAGGUUUCAUAUUGGUUGC